CUCACACCGAUGAAGAGCUGCUCUCCUCCUCCUCCUCAGAUGAUCAGAUCCCUGUCUCAGCAGCAGCAGCAGUGCUGGAGAUGACAGAGAGUGAUGGAGAAGACAAACACAGCUUCGGAUGAUUGACAGCCUCGUGACCCAAUAGACAGGAUGAUCGCCACCGGCGGGCUGCUGAGGAUUUCCCGGCGCCAGGACUCGCUGCGAACCAAGAACCACGCGGAGAACAAGAAGAAGCGGAAAGCUCGGAAGAAGCGCAAGAACGACGUGGUGGUGGUGAAGGGCAAAGUGAAGCUGUGCUCCGUCUCUGGGCUGGUGGCAGCGCUGGGGGUCUUGAUCCUGAUGAUCGGCAUCACCAUGGCCGUACUGGGAUACUGGCCCAGAGAGAGGAACCAGGAGAAAUUAAUCAAACCCGUGCGAAGGAUAACAACCGAGAACUUUACGAGCAAUAACGAGUUAGUGAAGUCGAACGCUUCCUCCAGCUUCUUCAGAAGUCUGCUUGUGAGAUAUUUAUACUCGGACAACCUCAAAGUCUUCGGACCGUUAGUGAUGGGCAUCGGGAUUUUCCUCUUCAUCUGCGCCAACGCGGUUCUCCACGAGGAUCGCGAUAAGAAAACCAAAAUCAUCAACCUGCGAGACAUUUACUCCACAGUCAUCGAUAUCCACAGUUUGCGAACCAAAGACUGCGUCCCGUUCAACGGUGUCAUCGUGCAACCGAAGAGCGAUAAACCGGCGUCUCCACGAAACAACAGACGCCCAUCGUCUGCGAGGAAACACAGCUUGUUUGCGAAGCACCCGUCGUUCACCGACACGAUCUAUAGCAUACAUCACGGAGCCGAGUGGGAGACGCACUCCAUCGUCACGUCGUCGCUCAAUGCCUUCACGCUCCCCGUCAUCAAACUCAACAACUGCGACAUGCAGGAGAACGAAGCUCCGCGGCGUAAGAGCUGUGGCGCGGCGGUGGAGACCAAAGCGGAGGUCUCGAGGACACGGAUGUCUCUUUCCCAGGAUUCAAAGCUCAACAUGGCGCAGCUGCAGGUCGCGGGGUCACACCUGUCUCUGAACACGCUGAAGGAGGAUCCGUGCGUCAGGUGUUUGGACGAGAGCUCGCGCAGGUUCAGCUGUCCCAGACUGGAGCGAUCGGGGAGCAAGGGCUACAUUAAACUAGGAGGAGAUUCAUUCGAGACGCCCGACGCGGGACGAGAGGAGAAAACCCAGACACGUCUGCAAAAACUCACUGCGUCAUUGUCACAUCUGUAAAAGAUGAUUGUGAUAAACACUUCUAACCCUGUAAAGCCUGACUUAAUAAAAUAGUAAGCUCAGUGAAGCCGAGUGUAUUUCUAACAGCUUGUUAUAGCUGUUAUAAAAUCACUGCACAGGGCUUACUGCUUUUACAAAA